AUGGGUAUUCUAUUUUCUGCGGUUAUUUUUACAUCAAGUAUUGACGUUUUUUUUGCAAUUUCAUUGGUCGUUGUUUCCAUUGGUGUUUUUAUAUAUCCCGAUAAGGCAGAACAAGUGUUGGAAUAUUUUUUAUCAAGUCGAUUCCUGACCUUGGAUUAUUCUGGAAUGAGAUUUUCAUCAUCGACAUCUUCUCCUCGAGAUAUAUCCUCAACAACCAUUACAUUUUCAGCAACAAAAAUCGAUCAAGAUGACAUUCAAUCAUUACCUGAGCAUUUGCAAAUUGCAUUGGGUGUUGGUGUUCAAUUGGAUAUUUAUGAACAAGAUAAAUCAAAGACAAGUGACAGCACUGAUGUGUGGCCGACAAAACCAAACAAGACACCCCCUCCACCUCCAAGAAGACCAUCACAAAUGAAAAUCAAUGACACUGAUCAACAACAAGAAGAAGAAGAACGAUUAAAAAAAGAAAGGCAAGAACAAGAAGAAGAUUUGAGUUUUGCAAGAAGAAUUCUUGGAGCAGUUGACCUUGUGAGUGUGAAUGAGAGAAUUAAGCAAUUUGAAAAUACCAUUUCGAUGGCAAAAUUAUCAGUUUCGACAUUCUCAUUGAAUCGAAUUCCAUCCAAGAUUUCUCUCAAACAAAACAAGAUUGCACAACGAUUCAUGAUUGAAGAUGAAAAAACAAACUCACCAUCGUCACCACACAAAGUGUUACCUCCUAUUCCUGUACAAAAUCAAUCAUCACCUUCUACUGAUUUAAAGUCGACGAAACAAUUACCACAAAUUCCAAAAAAGAAUCUUGGAUUGUAUAUCAAAAGAUUUAUUCAACGAGAGGAAGAUUAUUUGAAUCAAUUAGGUCACUUGUUACCUCGAAUUUACAAAAAUCCAAUUAUGGAAUUAAUUAAUCAACGAAAUAUUGAGGGUGAAAAAGAAGUCAUUGAAAAAUUAUUCAAUUAUCUUAUUAACAUGUUUAGUGCAGACAAGAGACAUUUGAAAUUAAUGCAAUUGAAAAGACAUGUGGCACAACAAAGUGUUUCAGAAGCCAAUGACAAGUGGCUUGAAGAAUUUGGCGAAAUUAUUCUCGAUUUCGUUCAAGAGACUCUUAUUACUAAAUAUAUUGACCAAUAUUUAGUUGAUUACACACAGAAAGGUCUUCGGUACAGAAUUCAAAAGAUUCUUCUCGCUGAUGACAAACAAUUGAAACAUCUUAUUGAGUCAAAACUCGAUGUGGAAGCAAGAGCAAGUUUUAAAAAAGAACAACAAUCAUGUGCUGCAGAAUUUUUAACAUUUGAUCAACUCAUUCAACAGCCAGCUGUCCGAUUGACGUAUUAUCUGAUUCAGCUUCGUGACGUUUUCCACCCUUUAAUUCCAGAAAACCAUCCAUGCUCAAAGCUUGACACUGCCAUUUACAAAUUGGAAAAGAAAAUGAUUACCACAAGUGAAGUAUUAGAAAUGGCCUAUCAAUUGAACCGAACUUUUGAAAUUCAAAAUCGAUUGAACAUUGAAAAUUUGGAAUCCUACACUGCAUUCGAUUUGGAGUCAAAUUUAUCAUCUUCCAUGAGACGAUCUGUCUCUGAGAGAGAAACGAGCGUUUACAAAACAGUUCGACCAAGGAAAUGUUCCAUUUUAGAAGAACGGGUUCCUACCAUGCCACGUUUCAUUUUCUCUGUACAAACCAUGGAUUCGACGUGUCUCACCAAUUACUAUGAUUCCAAUGACAAGUUAAUUUAUCAAAUUAGGAAGGGACAAAAAUCACCACCUUGUGAGGCCUAUCUAUUCGAAAAUGUUCUCAUUAUCAGUUGGAUGAGUAAGAGUUUAGAACAAGGUUUGAAACGUGAGAAAAAACUCUAUUUCAUUGAUCACACAUGUAUGGUUGAAAAAUGGGGAGAUAAGGGCUUUAAACUUGUCUAUGCACCAGAGAAACAAAAAAUCUUUGAAUGUGAAUCAGCAGAGGAGAGAAGACGUUGGAUUCAUUAUUUGAGAUCGAUUGUGAGCGGUUCAUUAUUGUCAGCCAAUGAGACGAAACAAAUUGUGAAACAUUUGAGAUCAGUAUCGAGUUUGGAAAGACCUGAAGCUCGUUAUUCGGAAGAUUUAGAUACUCUCAUGAAGAGACGAUCCAUUGAUCAUGCAAAAUUUGAAGAACCAGAAAUCCCUGGUGUGAAUGUGGCCUUUGCAGAAGAUGGUUCAUUGAUUGGAGCCACUUUGGAAAAGUUAAUUGAGAAAAUGACCAUGUCACAAUCCGUACAUGAUUUGGCCAUCAAAGAUGCCUUCUUAUUGACAUAUCAUUCUUUCACAACAGCUGAAAAAGUUCUCGAGUUGUUAAUUUUAAAAUGGAAUUUACCUCCUCCUUCGAUGGAAGUUCGAUCGAAUUCCAAUUUAUUUAAACAAUUUGAAUUAUCAGUAUUGGCUCCUACCCGAAUUAAUAUUUAUGGAAUUUGUAAGAGAUGGGUCGCCGAUCACAGUACUGAUUUUAAGACAAAUCCUUCACUUGUGAAACUCAUGUCCAACUUUAUUGAAAAUCACAUGGCAAAAACAUUUGACAAGUUGGCAGAUAAUUUGAGAAUUGAAAUGAAGAGAUUGAAAUCAAAGCGUGACACAAUGGUCACUGUUCAAAAACAAUACCUUGAAAAACAAAUGAAAGAAUAUGAAGAAAAGGAUGGAGAGAUCGAGUCCGAUGAAGAUGCUCCAAAACCUAUCUUUCCAUCCACUUUUAAAACAUCUUUCAAGAGUUUGAAUGAAGUUCGAGUAUUAGAUUGGAGCAGUGUGGAAAUUGCUAGACAAAUUACUUUAAUUGAAAGUGCCAUCUUUCAAAAAAUUCAACCCAAAGAAUGUUUGGCUCAAGCUUGGAAUAAGAACAAGACAGCAGCUCCCAACAUUUGUGAAAUGAUCCACAGAACCAAUACGGUUGUGUUGUGGGUUGCUCAUCAAAUUCUGGAAAAUAAGAAGGAAGAUAAACGUGCAAAGGCCAUUCGAAAAUUCAUCAAAGUUGCUCACGAAUUGAGAAAGCUCAAUAACUUUAAUGGACUUAAGGAAAUUAUUGGUGGAUUGAGAAGUGUGCCUAUCAUGAGACUGAAAAAGACAUGGGCUCUCGUACCAAAGAAACAUUUAGAGAAUUAUAAAGAGUUGGAAAAGAUUGUUUCAACGGCUAAGAAUUAUAAGGAAAUGAGAUCUACCAUGAAAGAAUGUCAUCCUCCUCUCAUUCCAUUCAUUGGCCUCUAUCUUACCGAUUUGACUUUUAUCGAAGAUGGUAACAAGGAUUACAUCAAUGAGGAAAAGAAAAUAAUUAACUUUUUCAAGAGACAAAAACUUGCCUUUGUCAUUCAAGGAGGUAUCAAGAGAUACCAAAAAGAAUACAAACUCAAACCAGUGACAGAAUUGAAAAACAAAUUGACCAAUAUGGUUCACUUUUCAGAAGAAAAGUUGAUUGAACUCUCUUGCACUUACGAACCCAAAGAUUCCAAUCAAUAA